UAUUCCUCAGUUUAGUUGAGACAAAGUACAAAUAACGGGCAAGAGGUAAAGAGAAGGUGGGGUUUCGUUCUCUUUCCUUUGCCUUGUCGAAGUACCCGAAGAGGCGAAUGGCGGCGCGAUUCUUGUGGCGCGCUACAAGGAAGCUAGCGUUGGCUGCCACCGCCGCGGGCAGUGGUGUGGCGGCGGCGGCUAUUGCCACCUCCGACGACCCCGCAACCGCCCUCAAGCUCUCUUUCACCGUCCCUCUCCGCCUCGCCCGCCUUUCCACCACUGCCGCCGUCAUCGCUUUUGAUUAUGAAUAUUCUCUGUGGGGACUGCAAGAAGAUAGCAUUGAAAGGUCAAAAGUUAAACAUGCGGUUCACGUCAGGAGUGCCCAUAAGCUGGAAGAACUAUGUUUCAAAAAUGGUGGCAUAUAUAUCAAGCUUGGUCAACAUAUUGGUCAGCUGGAAUACUUAGUACCUCAAGAGUAUGUCCAGCGAAUGAGAGAGUCUUUGUUGGAUCGAUGUCCAGUUUCGUCUUACAAUGAAGUGUGUGAAGUUGUCAAGAAGGAACUUGGGGGUACUCCAGAUGAAAUGUUUUCUGAGUUUGAUUCUGUCCCAAUAGCAAGUGCCUCGCUCGCGCAAGUUCACAUUGCUCGCACUCACGAUGGGCAAAAAGUUGCUGUGAAGGUUCAGCAUCCUCACAUGACAGAUACUGCGGCUGCGGAUUAUGCAACUGUGGAGCUAAUUGUUAAUACCUUGCAUCGUUUUUUUCCAACUUUUGAUUACAGGUGGUUGAUCGACGAAGUGCGUGACAGUUUACCUAAGGAACUAGAUUUUUUGGUUGAGGCCAAGAACAGCGUAAAAUGUAUGGAUAACUUUCGGAAGUUAUCUCCUCGUGUUGCAGACUGUGUGUACGCCCCAACGGUCUAUUGGAAUUUAAGCACCUCAAAAUUAUUGACGAUGGAAUUUAUAGAUGGCGCUCAAGUAACCGAUGUGAAGAAAAUUCAAGGACUUGGAAUCCAGCCGAAUGAUGUGGCUAAACUUCUCAGUCAAGCUUUUGCUGAAAUGAUGUUCAGACAUGGGUUUGUUCACUGUGACCCACAUGCUGCCAACUUGCUGAUUCGUCCAUUGCCUUCUGGCAAGAGGAGUAUUCUUGGCAAGAGAAAACCACAAUUGGUACUUCUAGACCAUGGACUGUACAAAGAACUUGACCUCCCUACAAGAACCAACUAUGCUGCACUCUGGAAGGCAUUAAUAUUUUCUGAUGCUCGUGGAAUAAAGGAAAACAGUGAGAAAUUGGGCGCUGGUGGGGAUCUGUAUGCAUUGUUUGCUGGUGUUCUUACAAUGAGACCUUGGAAUAGGGUGAUAGACCAAUCUGUUGAUCAUUUGGCUCUACAAGGCGAUGAUACUGAUCGUUCAGAACUCCAGAUGUAUGCUUCUCAAUAUUUCCUUCAAAUCUCAGAGCUGCUAAGGAGACUUCCCCGUGUUAUUCUGCUAAUGCUGAAGACAAAUGACUGCUUACGGGCAGUUAAUAAUUCGCUGCUGAAGGGAUCUUCUCUUGAGACAUUUUUGAUCAUUGGAAGAGUUUCUUCAGAGGCACUCAUCGAGGCACAGUUGUCACAAACCAAGUCCUCCCUAUACCGGAUAAAUCUUUGGUUGGAGGAAUUGUUGCUAGAAGUGCGACUUCUUGGAAUGCAGAUAGCGCUGUGGCUUUUACAACUCAGAAAAGCUUUAUCUUUAUGAAGUAGUUAUCGCAUUGGAGAGAUACUUAUUCUUGGGCAAUACACAACAUUUUCAGGUAUAGAGAUGCAUUCUUUGUCUCAGCAGCUCAGCUCGUCCAUUUGGAUGCAUCGAUGAACGUUGAGAAACUGAGUUUUUUUCAUCCAAAUAAUAGGUGUAUUCUUUUUGUUACCGAGCAGUUCUGUAUUCUUUUAAUUGGAAACAUCAUGUUCAUUUGCGAGUGGCAGGAUUGGGAAAAGCCCAUCAAUGUUGUGGAGUAUAGAUAAGAGUAUGUAACGAGAUAGUUAAGUGGAUGUUGACAUGUUAUGCUCAAUAAAAUUUGGAAAAAUCUCUGUAUUGAAUUUCUUUCUA